UAAAUAUUUUGUUAUUUUCAAAACUUAUUUUUAAACUUAUGAGUUAUAAUCUUAUUUUUGUUAAAAAAAAAAUAUAUUAGUAUAUAUACGAUUUUGACGUAUAUCAUUACACUCAAAAUCCUGGCACAAGGAUAAGUAAGAUUAAAGAAGAGAACGAUCAAAUUUAUAAAAAAGUGUAAAAUUUUAUUACAAUGUGACGAUUUAUCAAGAAGAAUCAUGGCAUGUUCAAAAAAAAAUAGCUGGUGUGUGCCAUCAUUCGACAGUGCCGUCAUAAAUAAGCCUGUGGUAAAGCGUACUAGUUCAGUAGCAUUAGAGAAUGAUAUAUUGGACAGGUCAUUUACGCAAAAUAAAUCUCAACGGAGACAUGAGACCAGUUUAUCUAAACUGCUUGAAGCGUGUGAGCCACGUAAGCUCUCUGACUUGGCAAUCAGCAAGCAAAAGCAAAAUGAAAUUUCUGUUUGGCUUCGGUAUAGAACUUCGAAGGCACAGCCUUCCAUGCUAGUCCUUUCUGGUCCUUCUGGUUGUGGCAAAACAGCAGCUAUAAAACUGCUUGCUCAGGAACAUAAAUUCGACAUCAUCGAAUGGAUUACCCCACUUGAUCCAGUUGAGGAUGAAAACAAACGCGUGAUGCGACAAGGAGACCGGUUUGAGGACCAUUUAAUUCGCGCGACACGGUAUCACACAGUACUCGGUACGUGUUCCAAGCAGUUACUUCUCAUUAAAGACCUUCCAAAUGUCUAUCAAGAGGACCACAAAAGUUUCUUCUCACUUCUGGAAAAAUAUUUCCAAAUAGGUAGGGAGCCUAUAAUAUUCGUGUGCACGGAGGCUAGUAACUCAAGGCUGGUGCAGACCUUGUUUGCUCCAACUAUAAGAGAAAAGUUUGGUAUUGAUUUCAUUAACGUGAACGCGGUCACACAGACGGCGAUGAAAAACGUGAUGAAACGCGUGUCCGGUAUACUGAACUCCAUCGCCAGCGACAUGCUGCAUAUUUCCCAGCAGCACAUCGACGAGACGUUGUCCAAUAGUAUCGGCGAUGUACGCAGUGCCAUGUUAAAUCUUAUUUUUAUUUCUCUCAGAGUGCCUGAACGAUGGUCGAAGAACGAGUGUGGAGUACGGGAGGAAACCUUGGGUUUGCUGCAUGGCGUCGGAAGGGUCAUUAAUCCAAAAAGGGACCCAGAUAAUCCGUGCAAGUUUGCACAUGAUCCCGAAGAGAUAACCGGCUUCUUCCAGUCGCAAGCGGUGAUAUUCGUUCAAUUUCUUCAAGAAAAUUAUCUGAACACUAUAAGAACUAUAGAGGAAGCCACGAUGGCCUCUGAUAUCUUAAGCUUAGGUGACGUUUUGAAUUCCGAAUGGCGGGAUCGUAACUUAGGUAAAGUUGCGCUUCUGUACUGCAUUCGCGGCUUGAUGUUAGCCAAUGAGAAGCCAGUGUCUGGUUGGAAUCCCACGAGAAAACCGCGGGAUAACUACAGUAAUAUACGUCGGUGCUUGGCGAAGGCAGAAACAGAGUGGUACGAGUCGAUGAUCAAACCCGUUUUGAAGGAAACGAACGAAGUGGUCGAUGACAACGUCGAGAUAUUUAUUGAAGAUGAUUAAAGAACAGGACGUGGAAUUAUAUCAACAUACGUUCCUUUCGAAACCGGCUGUAUUGGAGAAGUAUUUUGCGUUUGCCUCGUUCACCUUUUUCUCCGCAGCUUGUGGAUUGACAAUUUCGAG